AUGGCUGAUCCCAAAGGAAAUGAGUCAAGAUCAUCGGCCAAUUUGGGUAAAUUCGAGCUACGAUGGGCCGCGAUGCCUGAUCUACUAGCAUUGAGAGAGUUGAUGAAACGAUCAAUUGAUAAGUUACAAUCUGCCUUUCUCUCUCCGGAUCAAAUUAUCGCUAGUCAUGCAAUUAUGGGAUUAGAUACUCAAUUAAUCCAAGAUGGAACAUAUCUAAUGGCAAUAAAGGAUGGAAAGAUUGCGGGCUGUGGAGGAUGGAGCAAAAGGGCAACUUUAUAUGGCGGUGAUCAUAGUAUCGAUUUACGCAGGCCUGACUUAUUGAACCCCGCUCAUGAUCCGGCAAAAAUAAGAGCAAUGUAUACAAAUCCUGAUUUCGUAAGACAAGGUGUUGGAAAGUUAGUAUUGGAAACAUGCGAAAAAGCUGCUGUUCAACAUGGUUUUCGCAACGUCGAACUAAUGGCAACUCUAAGCGGACAGCCUCUUUAUGCCAGAUAUGGCUAUGAAAUUGUGGAAGAAACAGAAGCUAUUGUAAACCAAAUCACGAUCCCAUUAGUCCGAAUGCGCAAAGAUCUUCUCAUGACGAAUGAAUGCUGA